AUGCUCUGGGUGCUUGCUUCGCUUUUUACCGGUUACGCACGGUGCUGCAACGGGCCGGAGCCGUUCUUGCCCACCACCACCCCCGCCGCGGUCUCGGCCAUCGCGAAGAAGAAAGGAGCGAAGAAGGGCAACACGCGAAAGCACGCCACCCCUGGUGAGGCAGCGGCCGUUAGCAUCCCGAACUCCCCCGAGGCCACCUCGAAGGUGCCGAAGAAGGAGUUCCGCGGCGUUCUCUGCCCAACCUCCUCGCGGGUGCCCGACCCGCUCCCUGAGGCCAAAGGCACCUACGUCAUUUCCAGCCACACGGUCCUCACCAAGGCGCCAGCAAAGCCCACGACCGCUUCCCCUUUGUUGAGCACUAACCGAAAGGACGAUGCACAGAAGGGCUUUCGUCAUUCGCAGCGCACUGUCUCCGUUGUGGGAAAGGACGAAGCCGGCGUCGGCAGCCACAGCGCGAACACCAGUCGUCACUCUCUUGCCAAAGGGAGCCGGGCGGCACAGCGGGACGCCAGCGGCGUCGCGUCUUUAUUGGGCCGCCACCACGCCACGCCCGAUGACACACCGGCGGACAUGGACGUCUACCUCGGUCUCUGCGACCCGGACGUGCCCGCAAGUGAUGGAGGAGGAGAGCUCCACGGCGGCGGGGCACGACCGCGAGACGGGGACAUCAACGACGACGAGGCGGACGAAGUACGCAGGGCACGCGAGGAAGCGGAGCUCGAGGCCGCCACGGCGGAGGUGGCCAACGCCGAGGAGCGGGCGAUGGAGCGACGCCGGCGGCUGCGGCUGCUGCGCUCUGGCCUCCUAACCCCGAAGGAGGAGCGCCGGCUGCGGAGCGACGACGUCGACGACGAGGAGGAGGACAGAGGCGAGGAUAGCGAUUCCUCUUCGUCUUCUACGUCCUCUUCCUCUGCCGCUACGCCUUUGGGGAAUCAACCCGAUGUCAACAACACAACGGCGGCGCCACGGACUUCCCACCACUCUGUCCUCAGCGUCCCUGGCGCGGCGGGCGAAAAGAGGGGCAGGCAGCGUGGCGGCGGGCACAAGCGCGCCUCCUUCAUCUCGGGCACCCAAUCCCACCACAACGGGACGACAGGGGGCGCCAGCCAUCGAGACGCCGGUCUGGUGCGCACCGCGGAGGAGCAGCGCGGGCGGGACCAAGAGCAGUCGCUCGCCGGCGGUGAGGCCGACUUCUGGCGCGAGGAUCCCGUGACGGAAGGGGUGAUUCCGGCUCCGGCCGACAUCGGCGCCGACACGGACGACGACGAAGACGCGGAUGAGUACGCGCGCAGGCACCGCACGCUAGAGCGAUCGAAGGGCGGCGAAAACGACUCGCAUCGCUCGCAGCCAGUGCCACGAAAGGAGAGGAGCCGGAGCACGAAGGGAGCACCGCUGCCCACGACCGCGUUGGCGCUGGCUCGGACGGCGACGCCAACAACGAUGAGGACGAGGAAGACAUGUACGACGGCUGCACGCGGCGCCAGCGCCGUAUUCUCAAACACUUUCCCCACCGCAGCACCGCCUUUGAUGGCGCGGAGAAGGGCUCCUCGUCCUUUUUUCAUGGCAGCUGCGGGGCGCAGGAACACGGCUGAGCAGCGAGGCCUCUCCGGCUAUCCAGUUGGCGGGGCCAGCGAGGCGGUGACGGCUGCGGUGGUGGGACCGGAGGAAGAGGGUGACGGCAACCACCACGGUGUCUUCAGCCCCGACUCGACAGGGAACAGCGGGAGGCACCCUUUGGCAGGUCACGAUCAAACCUUCUCGCCCGCCAGCAGCCUCCAGAGACCGCAAGGCGCGGGCGGUGGUGGUGGAGACGGGAGCGGAAACGGCACCCCUCACGGCCGCGACGGUGGGCCGUUCUCCUCGACUAGCCCAGCCUCCCACCACCACCAGACUGGCGAAGGGAGUGCCUCGGCAGCACACCAACCCGCGAGUGGUGGUGGUGGUGGUGGUGGUGGCGACGGACGGAGCGCGGCGAUGGACUCCCUUGCGGACCCGACAACGACCUCUCUGUACGCGCAACGCCAGCAGCAGAAGCUGCAGAAGCUCGCGGACAAGGACCGGUUUAACAAGCCGGACCCGAUGUUUCCAUCGCUGGCGAACAAAGGACCCGCCCAACCGCCGCAAGUGCGGCCGCCAUCGCCUCCGCUCGCUCCACAGGGCCUGCUCGACCCUUAUGUAUCCCGCCCGAUGAUUCCGCUGCCGUCAUCGUCUGAGCCACAGCACUUUAAAGGCAGUGGCAAACUUUACUUUGAUCUUCAAACCAAACACACACGUUGA